AUGGCGAAGCCAAUGAUUCUUUCAUGCUUUCUUCUGUUUUGCUUCUGUUUAUUACAAACACAGGUUAUAGUUGCUAUUUUGGAUCCAACUGAUUUUCUAGCUUUGCAAUCUAUUCGGAAAUCUCUAGAAGACAUGCCUGGUUCUGAUUUCUUUUCUUCAUGGGAUUUCACUGCUGAUCCUUGUAACUUCUCCGGCGUCUUAUGUGAUUCCGAUAAGGUUAUCGCACUCAACCUCGGUGAUCCGAGAGCCGGUGCAACGGGUUUAACGGGACGCCUUGACGCCGCCAUUGGUAAACUCUCUUCUCUAGUCGAGUUUACCGUUGUUCCGGGAAGGAUAUACGGUACUCUGCCUCAAACCGUUUCCAAUUUGAAGAGCCUCAAGUUUCUUGCUAUUAACAGAAACUUCAUCUCCGGCGAGAUUCCGGUGGAGUUAGGUGAGUUACGCAGUCUUAAAACUAUUGAUCUCAGUUACAACCAGGUCACCGGAAAAAUUCCUCCGACGGUCGGAUCAUUGCCGGGGCUAACAAAUCUCAUCCUCUGCCAUAACCGUCUCACCGGUUCUAUCCCUCGGUUCGAUUCUCAGAGCUUGACCCGGUUGGACCUAAAGCACAACACUCUCACCGGUUCACUUGGUCCAAACUCUCUCCCUCCGUCACUUCAGUAUCUCUCCUUGUCAUGGAAUCAACUCACCGGCUCAAUGGACCGGGUUCUGACUCACCUCGAGGAGCUAAACUAUUUAGACCUUAGUUUAAACCAGUUCACUGGACCCGUUCCCGGUCGGAUAUUUUCAUUUCCACUAAGCAAUCUCCAAUUACAAAGAAACCAGUUCUCCGGUUCAGUUGAACCAGUGGAUCAAGUUGCAAUUCCAACCGUUGAUCUAAGUUUCAACAGAUUAUCCGGUCAGAUAUCACCAAUGCUAGCUAGCGUGCAGAAUCUUUACCUGAACAACAACCGGUUCUCGGGUCGGGUACCGGCUAGCUUUGUGGAUCGGUUAUUGGAUGCGAGUAUUCAGAUACUGUAUUUGCAGCAUAACUAUCUAACGGGGAUUGAGAUUAGUCCAACGGCUGUGAUUCCAGAGAGAAGCUCAUUGUGUAUGCAGUAUAAUUGCAUGGUCCCGCCCGUAGAGACUCCCUGCCCUUUGAGGGCUGGAAAACAGAAAACAAGACCUACCACACAGUGCAACCAGUUUAAGGGCUGA